AUGGUUUCCAUGAAUUGGAGUUUAUGUGUACUUUUGGCUGUCACUCUAUACCAGCCCUCCCGGGCCUUAACAGACAGACCACUGGUCGGUAUAUUAGCCCAGGAGUACUGGCACACGGGUUCAGUCAAUCAGUCGUAUAUAGCGGCCAGUUAUGUCAAGUUUGUGGAAAGUGCCGGCGCCCGAGUGGUGCCGGUUAUGAUCAAUGAGACCGACGAGUACUACAAGACUAUUGUCGACGAGACUAAUGGACUACUCAUACCGGGCGGGGGUCAGGACCUGCACACCAGUGGGUUCGCCAACGCGGGUCGGGCUCUAUUGAAAUAUGCCCAGGCUAAUCUCACCAGACACUACCCCAUAUGGUCGACGUGUCUGGGCUUUGAACUCAUAUCGCAGUUGAUGUCCAAUACGACAGCACUCGGAGACUGCGAUACCGACGACGUGUCGCUGCCCUUGAAUAUGACCCCAGGAUUUAUGGACAGUCGACUGUUUUCGGGGGCCGACCCAACCAUUGUUAAUAUAUUAACCGAAGAGGCCGUAACCUAUAACCACCACAAAAGGUGUCUCACAUUAGAGGCCUAUCAGGCAUCGGAUCUGAAAAACAAAUUCAAGAUAUUGUCCACAAAUACUGACGGAAAGGGAGUGGAGUUUGUGUCGACGUGGGAGUCGGUGAGCGGCGACCCACCCAUAUAUGGCGUUCAAUGGCAUCCCGAGAAAAAUGCCUACGAGUAUGACUACAACAUUGAGUACAACGAAAAUAGUUCACUAUUACCCCAGAGGUCGAGGGGGUUCUCCCAAUCCCUGGCCUCCACUAUACAGCAGUCCAUAGACUCGUCAAAUAUAUGGAAAUAUAGAAAUUAUAACAACAAUAAUACAAAUGACAUAAAGAAGCAAGGUGCUGGCUGGAUCAUGGCAGCCUUUCUACUUGUAAAUGCCGCAUUAGGUGCAGGGUUACUUAACUACCCGGUUGCCUAUGAUAGAUUAGGUGGGGUCGGUAUAUCAACAAUUAUCCAGUUGAUCAUGCUAUUACUAUUGGCUAGCACCAUGGUCAUACUGGUAUAUUGUGCCGAUUUAAACGGGGUCAGUACGUAUCACGAGGUACUGGAGUGUAUGUGCGGCCAUACCGUGCGUCAGACGUCGGCGCUCUCUAUAAUGAUCACGUGUUUCGGCAUUUGUGUCACGUUUUUGAUUAUAAUCGGCGAUCAAUUCGAUAGGAUUUUUGCCACGUUUUUCGGGUCAAAAUUUUGUGAGCACUGGUAUUUGAACAGGGUGUUCACCAUUGUGUUUACGACUGUGGUAACAGUAUGGCCCAUGUCCUAUUUUAAAAGAUUGGACUUUUUGAAACAUACCAACCUGCUAGGAGUUUUCGCCACAUUUUACGUGAUAUUCCUGAAUGUCUACGAAUACUACAGACUGGAUGUGAAACCCGGACCAAUCAGGACCUACCCGUCCAGUAUAAUGAGCUUUUUAGCCGCCCUUCCCGUCGUGUGUUUCGCGUACCAGACCCACGAGAUAGUCGUUCCCGUAUACGCCUGUCUGUCCCACCGGACGACCACUACGUUCAUGAAGUCCACAGGACUGGCCCUAUCGGUGCUGUUUGUCGUGUACUGUAUAUCCGGUACUUUCGGUUACUACACGUUUGGUGGGACUGUAGCCCCGGAUGUCAUGCAAAUGUAUAACGCGAGCGACCCUAUCGUGAGCGCCGGUAUUGUGGCACUGAUUGUCAAAAUGAUUACUACUUACCCGCCCGUCAUAUUUUGCGGGAGAGACACAUUUGUGGGAUUAUUUUGCAAACACCCUGAGCCCAUACAACUGGACGAGCCGUACGACUCGGUCGAGUACUGGCGCCGGGUGUUCAUCACCAGCACGUGGAACAUACUGGCCCUCAUACUGGCCCUCGUCAUACCCAACAUCACGAUAGCCAUCGGUUUCUUGGGCUCAUUGGCCGCGUGUAAUGUAUUUGUGUUUCCGGGACUCUGUAUGACGGCGUUGGCUAAGCGCCGACAGUCCGAGUCGAGAGCGUUGGCACCGGUAUGUCAUCAGCCGUCGACCAGCUCUAUCUGCAACGAGGCUACCGGUGCCAUGAAAUGCUGGCCCCGCGUGUUGUUUAUUUAUGGGGUGUUUGUCAUAAUAACCGGUGUUUUAAUGUUUUUUGUGAUUAUAUAUCAAGUAAUCAAUGACUUGAGUGCAGACGUAACGCACCAUCUCUUGUGUCAAUGAGUUUUGCUUUAGAUUUGGAU